GUUUUAGAUCCUAGUCGAGUAGUUGAUCCGGAAAUUUUUCAUAAAACCACAUCGUCAUGGUAAGAUCCAGCAUUUUUGUGGGUUCUGUUUUCCACCACAUCGCUAAUGGAGAUAAUAACCACCUACAUCAUUUUUUGUCUUUGUAAACCCUAGGACAAGAUGGGUCACCUAGUACAAGAUUUGCCUGCUUUGGGUGAAUGUAUACCACACGGUCUACUGAGCGAGAUAAUUAUCCGAAAAAACGAUUUCUCCGCAGCAACCAAUAGAAGCCGUAUGUUUUACGUUACACCUGUGGCUCGUGAUGAAAAGCACAAUUGGGUAUAAACGAGC